AUGGCCGAAAAGGAAGUCCUCUUCAUUACCGGCGCGAACCAGGGGAUCGGCCUCGAGACCGUAAAGGCGCUGUUCCGGUCCGACAAGCCGUACCAUGUCUUCUUGGGAAGCCGCUCGCUCAGCAACGCCGAAGCUGCCAUUGCCGAAUUGACGAGCCUGUUUCCGGAGGCGAAGAGCAGCGUCGAGCCGGUGCAAAUCGACGUGACGGACGACGAGUCCAUCCAAGUGGCUGCGCAGCUCAUCGAGUCCAAGUUUAGCAAGGUGGAUGUCCUCAUCAACAACGCUGGCGCCGCCUUCGACACCGCCUUCGCAGCCGACGCGCCCAACUUCCGCGCCGUCUUCAACAAGGCGUGGGACGUCAACGUCUCCGGCGCACAGGUCACCACGACGGUCUUCGCGCUGCUGCUCAUCCGCUCCGCGGACCCGCGCCUCCUCUUCCUCACGUCCGGGCUGUCGACGCUCAACGGGGCCUUUGACUCCUUCAUGCCGCCGUGGGCGCCCAACCCGGCCGGCGGCUGGCCCAAGGAGGGCCUCAUCGGCCACCAGGGGUACAAGUCGGCCAAGGCCGGGCUCAACAUGCUCAUGCUCACCUGGCACUGGAUCCUGCGCGAGGACGGCGUCAGGACGUGGUGCGUCAGCCCGGGGUUCCUGGCCACGAACCUCGGCGGGCGCGGCGCGGAUGUGCUGCGGGCUGCUGGCGCGGGGGAUCCGGCCAAGGGAGGGGAUCUCAUUCGAAAGGUGGUGGAGGGGGAACGGGAUGCGGAUGUGGGCAAGGUCGUGACGCAGGACGGGGUGCAGCCGUGGUGA